UAAUUGAGGCACCGGCCAAGCGAAUCAGCAUUUUAUUUUUCUACGACCUUGUGAAUAUAUAUAUUUGCUUGGAUUGCCACUGCCACCCCGGCCAACCCUUUAAAGGCCUGCGCCCUCUAUCUUCACCAUAACUCUUUCUUCCUCUUCCCUUGCACCCUUUUCCUUCUUAUUUUGUCCCGCUUCUCCUUUCUUCCUUGUUCUCUUUUACAAUCUGCACACGUAUCAGAAGCAAGAAUAUAUAUAUAGUCUCUAUUGUCUAUAUUUCUGUAACUUCUGUUCUUUCUUUGUUAAAAACUUCCUUCUCAUCCAUGUCUGACGGGGGUAGCCAGGAUAACUUCCUUUGGGAUAAUGAGGUAUGGGCGUUAUCAAACUCGGAUAACUCGGGAAGAAGUGAUGAAAACCAACCUGCUAAGAAGUUUAGCGAAUCCAAUAAUUCAAACUGUCCCACUCCGAGGGAAGCUGAGCCCAGGGUUGGGCCAUCCUUGGGGAAGAGGAAGAGAAAAAAUGGAAAGCAGCCUAGUGUUGAAGGGAAUGAUCAGGCUGCUGAAGGGAAAGGCGGUGCUGGAGCAGAUCAUGAGUUGCAUAUAUGGACAGAACGAGAAAGGAGGAAGAAGAUGAGAAGCAUGUUUUCUAAUCUCCAGUCUUUGCUUCCUCAACUUCCUCCUAAGGCUGACAAGUCAACUAUUGUUGAUGAGGCAGUAAACUACAUCAGGUCACUGCAACAAACACUUCAGCGGCUUCAGAAGCAAAAGCUGGAAAUGAUUCGUGGCCUGACAACGAUCAAUUAUGACCCUUCUAUGAUUACACCACACAGAUUAGCCAUGGAUUCGAGGGAGGCAUUUUUAGCUGAUCAGGGAUCUUCGAGCCAACUGAGUUCCAACCCGAACCCACUCGGGGUUGCUAGAUUUCCUACUAGUUUUCGAACAUGGGCUACUCCAAACAUGGUCCUCAAUGUAUGCGGUGACAAAGCACACAUCAAUAUUUGCUGUCCCAAGAAGCUCGGACUCUUCAGUGCCAUUUGCUACUUCUUGGAAAAGCAUAAGCUAGAGGUUGUAUCUGCUCAUGUUUCAUCUGACAAUUAUAGGAGCUUGUACAUGAUUCAAGCCCAAGCAAGUGGAGCUGUGGAUCAUCAGUACCCGGAGGCGUUCUCAUUUGAUGAUAUUUUCCAUUUAGCUACGGGGGAGAUGAUGAUGUACAUGUCUUCCUUGUAACAGCUCCAGCGCCAGCGCCAGCGCCAGCGCAAGUUCAAGCAAUAAGAUAUGAGAUUAAUUGCUGCCAAGUCUCUUUAUAAUUUCUUAGACCGAAAUGUUUAUUUAUUUAUUUAUUUUGGGUGCCGUCUAUCUCUGAUCUGGAGGAAAAACAGCAGCAAAAGUUGCAUAUGAUAUUAUCGC